AUCAGUAUUUCAAAGCCAUCAACAAGACCCACUACAGGUUCAAUAAUGCCCCCACAGUUGAAAGCAGAGGUAAACGUCAUGCCCAAGGUUGUCCAGGGGGAUUUGCAGAGUCUGCCUCCAGAAGUGAGGGAUUUCAUUGAAAAUAAUGCCAAGCUGUGCCAGCCUGAGAGCAUUCAUAUCUGUGAUGGCUCAGAAGAAGAAAAUAAAAAAAUUCUGGACAUCAUGGUAGAACAAGGCAUGAUCAAGAAGCUGAGCAAGUAUGAGAACUGCUGGUUGGCUCUCACUGAUCCAAGAGAUGUGGCAAGAAUUGAGAGCAAAACUGUCAUCAUCACUCAAGAACAGAGAGAUACCACUCCGAUCCCGAAAACUGGAACUAGCCAGCUGGGUCGCUGGAUGUCUGAAGAAGAUUUUGAGAAAGCCUUCAAUAUCAGGUUCCCAGGCUGCAUGCAAGGACGUACAAUGUAUGUCAUCCCCUUCAGUAUGGGGCCUAUUGGGUCUCCUUUGUCCAAGAUUGGGAUCGAGCUGACAGAUUCACCAUAUGUAGUGGCCAGCAUGAGGAUCAUGACACGGAUGGGAACGGCUGCUUUGAAAGCCCUGAGCAAUGGGGAGUUUGUAAAAUGCCUGCACUCAGUUGGAUGUCCUCUACCACUAAAAGAACCAUUAAUCAACAACUGGCCUUGCAACCCGGAGUUAACGCUAAUUGCCCAUCUCCCGGAUCGCAGAGAGAUCAUUUCGUUUGGCAGCGGUUAUGGAGGAAACUCCUUACUGGGGAAAAAAUGCUUUGCUCUCAGAAUUGCCAGCAGAAUCGCCAAAGAGGAGGGCUGGUUAGCUGAGCACAUGCUGAUCCUGGGCAUUACCAAUCCAGAAGGUAAAAAGAAAUAUUUUGCGGCAGCAUUCCCUAGUGCAUGCGGAAAAACUAACUUGGCCAUGAUGAACCCAAGCCUGCCAGGAUGGAAAAUUGAGUGUGUGGGUGAUGAUAUUGCCUGGAUGAAAUUUGAUGAACAAGGCAACUUAAGGGCAAUCAAUCCAGAAAAUGGCUUUUUUGGUGUCGCGCCUGGAACCUCAGUCAAAACAAACCCCAAUGCUAUUAAAACCAUAUUCAAGAACACCAUCUUUACCAAUGUAGCGGAAACCAGUGAUGGAGGUGUCUAUUGGGAAGGCAUUGAUGAGCCAUUACCACCAGAAGUAACGCUGACUUCAUGGAAGAACAAGGAUUGGACCCCAGAUAACGGGGAACCUUGUGCUCAUCCCAACUCACGAUUCUGCACUCCAGCCAGCCAGUGCCCCAUCAUGGACCCUGCAUGGGAAUCACCGGAAGGCGUGCCCAUUGAAGGAAUAAUAUUUGGAGGCCGCAGACCUGCUGGUGUGCCUCUCGUAUAUGAGGCCUUUAACUGGCAGCAUGGGGUAUUUAUAGGAGCAGCUAUGAGAUCUGAAGCAACAGCAGCUGCUGAGCACAAAGGUAAAAUCAUUAUGCACGAUCCAUUUGCCAUGAGACCUUUCUUUGGCUACAACUUUGGCAAAUACUUGGCCCACUGGCUCAGCAUGGCACAUCGUCCAGCUGCAAAACUACCAAGGAUCUUUCAUGUUAACUGGUUCCGGAAAGACAGCCAAGGGAAAUUCCUGUGGCCUGGCUAUGGAGAGAAUUCCCGUGUGCUGGAGUGGAUGUUCAACAGAAUUGAAGGGAAAACCUCUGCCAAGCCAACUGCCAUAGGUUACGUCCCUGCUGACACUGCUUUGAACCUGAAGGGUUUAGAAGACAUCAACCUGACCGAACUGUUUGAUAUCUCCAAAGAGUUCUGGGAAAAGGAGGUAGAAGAAAUCAAACAAUACUUUGAAGUGCAAAUUAAUGCUGACCUUCCCUACGAAAUAGAAAGAGAAAUGCUUGCCUUAGAGAUGAGGAUAAAACAGUUGUAG